GGGGGGAGAAAUGUUAACAUUUUCAUUAUUGAUCAGAUACAUUUUUCAAACGGAUACGGCGGGGAUGCUGAAUGUUUUAGCUUUCACAUUUGUGAUUCUAAACAAAAUACAACCAACCCUUCGACUGGGAAAGUUACUGUUGCUUGUCGUGUUUGUAAUGAGACAUACAAAAUGGAUACUAAGACACUGGGCAGCUUUUAUUGUUGACGACGUAAGCACCAUCAUUAAAGAAGCAGUGGAAAAUACAAUUGGAGGGAAUGCCUACCAGCACAACAAAGUGAAUCAAUGGACAUCUGCAGUGGUGGAGCAAUGUCUCAACCAACUAACCAAAUUGGCCAAGCCUUUUAAAUACAUUGUAACCUGUGUUAUAAUGCAAAAGAAUGGAGCAGGCUUGCACACUGCUAGUUCAUGCUUCUGGGAUAAUUCUGUUGAUGGAAGCUGCACUGUCAGAUGGGAGAACAAGACCAUGUACUGCAUUGUUAGCAUCUUUGGCCUUGGUGUUUAGAACUUCAGUUAUUGCUGCAUUUUGUCUGUAAACCAUCUAUAAAAUCAUCUCUAAGUCUAUUAUACCAAAAUGCAUUACUAAGGGCUGAUUUUUGUCAUUAACUAAUACUGAAAUGGCAUUUAAUAGAAUUAUAAAUGAAAGUUAAUGCAAUGCAA